GAACACAUUGACGCUCACUCACAAAGCUGCGGACUGUGAAACCUCAGCCAGUCUCAGUGUAAUCAGGGAGUGGCAUGUCAGGAGUGGAAUUUCACUUCCUGUAUCUCUCAGGUGAGUCACCUGGGCCGAUGUCGUGGGUGGUUUAGGGUUUUUGUCGACAUCAAAGCGGCGGAUCGUCCUGGCCCAGUUUCAGGGUCGUUGAGGAUCAGCUCGUUGUGGACGGACUCUGCGAACAGCACUGAUCACCUCGGGGUGCAGCUCAGGAAGUCGCUUUCACCUCAGACUUACUUGAAGGUUGUUAGUCGAGAGGAGGAAGAUUGUUUUUUUCCCCCCCGUUUGCGGCCUAAACACUCCACGGAGAAGUUGAUUAACAUCAAGCGGUAGUGUUUUUUAAACCUCCCCUGACUCCACUGCUGUUCCAGGUGAUCUUUGUGUGCGUGGUCAACAUAGACAGGACUAUUUCCACAAUGGUUCCGGGGCCCACCGGACCCCUGGGGGCCUGCGCGCUCCUGCUCUCCGCGCUGCUGCUGCGCUUCGCCGGGGCGCAGCUGACCGGAGACGAGUGUUUGGCCAAUUUCAAAGGUGGACGAGAGGAUUUCGUCCUCGACACAGACGAGUCCGUGAAAACUGGAGCCACGUUCCUCUCGUCGCCGAAGCUGGACCGAUACAGGGACUGUGUGGCCGCCUGCUGCAAGGAACCGAGGUGCAACGUCGCCUUCAUGCAGCGGGCAGCCGAGGAAGGUAGGGUGAACUCCUGCUUUCUGUUUGACUGCCUCUACAAGAAGAAUUACGCCUGCCGCUUCGUCAGGAAGAAGGGGUACACCAACUACAUCCUGGAGACCUUGUAUGACAGCUACCUGGAAGUGGAUAAUCCUCCAAAUGAAUCCGACCGUCCACCAGUGGCCAACGGAGGCCUGGACCAAGUGGUGCAACCUCAGGACAGUGUGACACUGAAUGGCAUUCAGAGCAAAGAUGACAACGGGAUUGAGUCUUACAAAUGGCAAAUGCUGACUCCCUAUCCUUUCGCAGUCUUUGAGCAAACCAGCUUUAAUGACCAGAUCAUCGUGUCCAAUCUGACAUCUGGGGUUUACAAGUUCCAGCUGACCGUCACGGACACUACCGGCCAAUCCGACUCGGUCAAGGUCACUGUUCUGGUCCUGACUCCUGAGCAGUCUGAGCUGCAAUGUAUGGCCCCAAAGAAGUUGGGACCAUGCCGUGGUUCUUUCACCCGAUGGCAUUACAACGCCGCCUCGGAGAAGUGUGAGGCCUUUACCUUCGGAGGCUGCAGGGAGAAUCUCAACAACUAUUUGUCCAUGGAUGAGUGCAGCAAAGCCUGCCAUGGCUCAGAGAAAAGUUCCAAAACUGGUAGAGGUUUACCAAUUCCUGCACCUAAGGGAGAAACAUGCGGUGUUCCCUGCUCCCCGGAGCAAUUCACCUGUUCUAACGGCUGCUGCUUGGAUCCAGGCCUCGAGUGUGACAAAACACCACAAUGCAGCGACGGCUCAGACGAGCUGAAGUGCGAAGACUUGGACAGCAAGUUUCAGGUUCUGCUCCAGAUUCCAGUGGAUGAGCAAAAAGUGCGCUGCACGGAGCCUCCCUCCACAGGCAGCUGCAGGGACAGUCUCACUAAGUGGUACUUUAACCCCAUCCAGAAGGAAUGCUUCCGCUUCAACUACGGCGGCUGCCAGGGGACUGAGAACAGAUUUGACACUCAGGAAGCCUGCAAGAAAGUUUGCCGUGGUGUUACAGAAACGGACGUAUUCGCAAGAAAGGGGGCAUUUGAAGAAAGGGUGUUUGAGAGCGAUACAGCUGUCAUUGCAAUAGCUGCCGUCCUGGGUCUGGCUAUCGUCAUCCUUCUAGGCCUCCUGGUGUACUGCCUCAUAAAGGGGAAGAAGAAGUCAGUACAGCACCACCGCGUGCCCGUCAACACCGCCCCGGUCACCUCAAUAGACCGAGAGCGUCUGGUCUACAACUCCACCACCAAGCCCAUCUGACCCUCAGCCCUCACUUUUGACCCUCGUCCCGGUUUAUGAAUGACACUCAGACUGACAGAGGAGACAACACGAUUAGGUUUGAAUACUGGAGGGGGUCUGUUUUUAUUUAGUCCAUAUAAUGGAUGUUUUUUUUUUUUUUUAAGGGUGAUGUACACCGGAGCCAGAGUGUCGUCAGUGAUGAAAUGUGACGUCUUAUGAUUUGUCUUUUAGCUUGUAUUUAAGGCAGGGACAUGUUGGAGUGAGUUGUGGGAAACUGUGUGUACUCAGGUUAAAGGGGAGGAUUUUCAUUAGUGUGGAGUUAUAUUAUCAUACAGUCCAUCCAUAGGUUCUGAGUUUAAUGUUCUGUCGCUUCUAUGAUAUGAUCUGAUAGUUGCCAGAAAAAAACCUCUUUUUAAAAUAGUCAGUUUUCAUGGCUGAACUGUCAGCAGGUCUGUGCUGGUCUGUUACUCUAAAGUAAAAGACCAGAUUAUUUAGCGUUUUUCUGAAUUUAUAAUGUCAAAUGAUAAUCCCUCCAAUAUACUGAGGUCCUGCCACCCCACCUUCUCAAUUUUGCUGGAUUCAUACGUCACUGUUACACUGGAUUACAAAUACAGUUCAUUCAUAAUGUUGUACAUAAUCGUAGAGUUUUGAGAAAGUGAUAUUUUACUUCAGAAGAUUAUUUUUGUCUGAUUUCUCAAUAGUGUUUUUUAGAAUAAGCUGAACUCAAAUAGGAUACAUUUAUAAAGCAGCCUUCCUGUUGAUUAUUCAACAUUUUAUCAAAUGUUUGUACAUAUGACCUGAUUUGAUUCUCUGCGACGUAAGCAGCAUUGUGAUGUUUAUACUAAUUAAAAAUAUAACUCAAAAUGUA